UGCUCCCGAACCAAUCGCUCUGUGUGAGACACAGAAAACAAGCGGAUCCGAGGCGCGAGCUGCAGCCCGGACCGGCCUCCCCAGCGCCCCCUCCCGCCACAGCCGUAGGGCUCCGGCCGAGGAGGUAACGGGCACCCACGCGUGGCGGCUGCCGCCCGCCUCUGCCUGCGGAGCGCCCCGCGCAGAGACUCACACAUGCCUGAGACCAGAGUGGGAGCGGCGCUGAGCCCGGCCGCCUGGGUUCCCCGCGCUGCCUGGCUGGGGCCCUAGCAGCGCCCCGGCCGCUGGAGCCGGGUGCGGCGGCGCCCGGUGCCCGAGUGUAUGAGAGGGAGCGCGGAGCGGGGGCCGCGGCCCGAGCCACUCGCCUUCUCUCCCGGACGGCGGCAGCAGAGAGACCGGCCCGGGGGGAAGCGAGGGGGCAGCGAGGAGGCGGCGGCUCCAUGUGAAGAGACCCGGACACGCACGUGAACUGCCGAGCAGCCCCCCGGAGCCGGGAGGCAGCGAGAGAGACUCGGAGACCCGGCAGCCGAGGGGGCUGACCCGUCUCUCACUAAACUUUCCCGGACACGCGGGGUGUCUCGGGACCUGGCGUCCAACUUGCUGUGAAGUCCUAGAGCCCCCGCAGGGAAGCGGAGCUUUAGCUGCCCCCUGUAUCACCGAUAGCCUGUCUGCUGCAGCCAGAGAGCCAAAGGAGGGAACCUUAACCCGCUGCUGUUGCUGUUCCUGAGGCAUAAUAUUAGAUUGCCAGAGAGACUGUGAGAAGAUUAUUUUAAAGAAAUCUGAAUGUGAAAGCAUUUGCAUCAUCAGAUAGUCUAGCCAAGGUCCAAGAAGUAGCAAGCUGGCUUUUGGAAAUGAAUCAGGAACUGCUGUCUGUGGGCAGCAAGAGGCGACGAACUGGAGCGUCUCUUCGAGGUAAUGCUUCCUCAAGCCAAGUAGAUGAGGAGCAGAUGAAUCGAGUUGUAGAGGAGGAGCAGCAGCAGCAGUUACGACAACAAGAGGAGGAGCACAUUGCAAGGAAUGGGGAAAUAGGUGGAGCAGAGUCUGGACUUGGUGACAGAAUUGAAUCCCAGCAAGAACAGUUAGAAGAAAACAACAAUAGGCUUAUUGUAGUGGAUGAAGAAUCCACUGGUAACCACGAGGAGGAGGAGGAAGAACAUGGUGCUGAACAAGAGGAGGAGGUGGAAGAAGAGGAGGAAAUGGACCAGGAGAGUGAUGAUUUUGAUCAGUCUGAUGACAGCAGCAGAGAAGAUGAACACCCUAACAGUAAUAGUGUCACAAAUUCAAAUAGUAUCAUGGAUUUGCCCAUACACCAGUCAUCUCAAUUCUACAUAAAGACAAAGAUGAAGAGAAAGUUGGACCAUGGCUCCGAGGUCCGUUCUUUCUCUCUGGGAAAGAAACCCUGCAAAGUCUCAGAAUACACGAGCACUACUGGGCUUGUGCCAUGUUCAGCUACACCUACUACUUUUGGGGACCUGAGAGCAGCCAAUGGCCAAGGACAACAACGGCGCCGGAUUACAUCUGUCCAGCCACCUACAGGACUUCAAGAAUGGCUGAAAAUGUUUCAGAGCUGGAGUGGACCAGAGAAGUUACUUGCUUUAGAUGAACUCAUUGAUAGUUGUGAACCAACACAAGUGAAACAUAUGAUGCAAGUGAUAGAGCCCCAGUUUCAACGAGACUUUAUUUCCUUGCUCCCAAAAGAGUUGGCACUAUAUGUGCUUUCAUUCCUGGAACCCAAGGACCUUCUACAGGCAGCACAGACAUGCCGUUAUUGGAGAAUUCUGGCUGAGGAUAACCUUUUGUGGAGAGAGAAAUGCAAGGAGGAGGGGAUUGACGAACCAUUGCAUAUCAAGAGAAGGAAAGUAAUAAAACCAGGCUUCAUACAUAGCCCAUGGAAAAGUGCUUAUAUCAGACAGCACAGAAUUGAUACUAACUGGCGGCGAGGAGAGCUUAAAUCUCCUAAGGUGCUCAAAGGACAUGAUGAUCAUGUAAUCACAUGUCUACAAUUCUGUGGUAACCGAAUAGUCAGUGGUUCUGAUGACAACACAUUAAAAGUUUGGUCAGCAGUUACAGGCAAGUGUUUAAGAACACUAGUUGGACACACAGGUGGAGUCUGGUCAUCACAAAUGAGGGACAAUAUCAUUAUUAGUGGAUCUACAGACCGAACACUUAAAGUAUGGAACGCGGAGACUGGAGAAUGUAUUCAUACUUUAUAUGGACACACUUCUACUGUGCGUUGUAUGCAUCUCCAUGAAAAAAGAGUUGUCAGUGGGUCUCGAGAUGCCACGCUGAGAGUUUGGGACAUAGAGACAGGCCAAUGUUUACAUGUUCUGAUGGGACAUGUAGCUGCAGUCCGGUGUGUUCAGUAUGAUGGCAGGAGGGUUGUUAGUGGAGCAUAUGAUUUUAUGGUCAAAGUGUGGGAUCCAGAGACUGAAACCUGUCUACACACACUGCAAGGGCAUACUAAUAGAGUCUAUUCAUUACAGUUUGAUGGCAUCCAUGUAGUGAGUGGAUCUCUUGACACUUCAAUCCGAGUUUGGGAUGUGGAGACGGGAAACUGCAUUCACACAUUAACGGGCCACCAGUCAUUAACAAGUGGAAUGGAACUGAAAGACAAUAUUCUUGUGUCUGGGAAUGCAGACUCAACAGUCAAAAUCUGGGAUAUCAAAACAGGACAGUGUUUACAGACAUUGCAAGGUCCCAACAAGCAUCAGAGUGCUGUGACCUGUUUACAGUUCAACAAGAACUUUGUAAUUACCAGCUCAGAUGAUGGGACUGUAAAACUUUGGGACUUGAAAACGGGUGAAUUUAUCCGAAAUCUAGUCACAUUGGAGAGUGGGGGAAGUGGAGGCGUCGUCUGGCGGAUCAGAGCCUCCAACACAAAGCUAGUGUGUGCAGUUGGAAGCCGAAAUGGAACUGAGGAAACAAAGCUGCUGGUGUUGGACUUUGAUGUGGAUAUGAAGUGAAGAGCAGAAAAAUGAAUUUGUCCAAAUGUGUAGACGAUGUUUCCCUUCCCUCCCCCUGCAAAAAAAAAAACAAAACAAAAAAAAAACCCUUGUCCUUGGUGGUGCAGGAUGUUGGCUUGGGGCAACAGAUCCUAAAGACCUACAGACUACGAAGGAGGAGACUGCGAGAUGACAAACUGUAACUGACAAGAGAGGCAUUUGCUGUCUCAUCACAUAAAAAGCUUCACUUUUGACUGGGGCAGCUUUGCAAAUAUAAGACUUUCUAAAUCAAACCAGGUGCAAUUAUUUCUUUAUUUUCCUCUAAGUGCUCAUUGAGCAGAGUGGAGGUUAAAAAGUUGUUACAAUUCUUGCUAACCUGUUAUUUUACCACAGAGAUCUAGAAAGUUGCUGCAUAACAUCCGUUACUGGAUGACUUUGUUGUUGUCACAGAUGCUCGCAACUUUGAAAGUCAAAUCCUGAUGUGGAAAAGCUAAAAUCUUACUGUGAAUUGUUUUUGUACAGUUUUAUCAGAGCUUUUUUUUUUGCCAGCCAUUGCCAAUGUCAAUCACAGUAUUAGCCUCUGUUACUCUAUUUACUGUUGCUUUCAUCUACACUCUACAAUGCAUAUGUUGCUCUGAGGUGGCAAGUUGUCCUGGGUUCUGAGAGUUCUUGAAUGGAUUGAACUCUCAAUGCUGGUGCUAGAAGUAGGUCUUCAAGUAUGGGAUUGUUGUCCCACCCCUGUACUGUAUUCCCAGUGGCCAAACUUAUUUAUGCUGCUAAAUGAAAGAAAGUAAAGCAAAUUAUUUCUUGUUUAAUUUUUUUUUUCUGCUGUGACGUUUUAGUCCCAGACUGAAUUCCAAAUUUGCUCUAGUUUGGUUACAGAAAAAGACUUUUUGCCACUGAAACUUGAGCCAACUGUGCCUCUAAGAGGCUGAGAGUUAAAAAGUUUCAGACAAUUAAGAGUGAAGUUUGCCUGCAAGUAAAGAAUUGAGUGUGUGUGCAAAGCUUAUUUUCUUUUUUCUGGGCAAAAAUUAAAACACAUUCCUUAGAACAAAGCUAUUGCAGCCUGUUCUGUGGGGAAACUUUUUUCUUUGUGAGGGCUGUGGUGAAUGGAAUGAACAUGCAUAAUAAAACUGACAAAAAUUUUAAAAAUAUAAAUACAAAAAUAAAAUUGCUGGUCAGUCUUAGUGUUUUACAGUAUUGAGAAAAACAACUGUUACAGUUAUUGCUGCAAGGAACUGACAGUGCAAAAACUAUUACGUUUUUGUAAUAAAGAUGUACAUGCAAAGUCAAAUGGUUUGCCUCAUUCUCCAAGAGCCACAACUCAAGCUGAACUGUGAAAGUGGUUUAACACUGUAUCCUAGGCGAUCUUGUUUUUUCCUCCCUUUUUUGUUUUGUUUUAUUUUAUUUAUAGUCUGAUUUAAAACAAUCAGAUUCCAGUUGUUUAAUUUUAGUUAUGUAACAACCUGACAUGAUGGAGGAAAACAACCUUUAAAGGGAUUGUGUCUAUGGUUUGAUUCACUUAGAAAUUUUAUUUUCUUAUAACUUAAGUGCAAUAAAAUGUGUUUUUCAUGUUA